AUGGCGUGUGGCAACUCAGAGCACGAGAACCAUGCCGAGACGGUGCACUCUCGUUGGCGGCAUGCCCUACCAUCAUUCGCUGACCUGAUGAGUAGGUUCGAGCUAUUCCUCCUCGGAGAAGGCGAGAAGAAGAUUGAAGAGAAGGUAUACUCUGGUAGGAUCCACCCCCAGACGGUUGCAAUCUUUUGCCCUGCGCUGGCGUGCCCAGAAGCUGACAAUCCGUAG